AUGGCCGCCCUCCAAGAAACCGGACAAGGGCACGAAAUGUCCGACCUCGCACCCAUCGUCGUGCGAUGCCACAGCCCCUUCCGGCCCAUGGGCCGCUCAUUCCGCCCUCGUCCCCUCGCCCCCAUCCCGGAGCUGCCCGGGAGCAGCCAGGCCAACAGCAGCAGCAGCAGCGGCGGCAGCCUCGCCCCCACGACCAUCACCAUCACCGGCGGUCUCCCGACCCCGUCCCCGACUCCACCCCCCGAGCCAGCGCCGAGCACGACGUGCUACGUCUGCCUGGCGCACAAGGAGCCUGGCUUGCUCCUCCGGGGCGACCCGACGGACCCGCGCUUCCCGCUCGCCUCCCGCUGCCUCGACUGCGUGGACAAGUCUCCGGCGGGGCUCGACGUCGGCCGGCGGUACGAGCUGGUGAGCGGCGAGGAGCUCUGGGUGUGUCGCUGGUGCGGAGGCGCGGAAGCCCUGGCGCCGGGGUGGGACGGGGUCGAGUUCCACCAGGGGAGGUGCCGCAGAGAGCACGCGCGGGCGUUGUGGGAUCAUUGGUGGACGGCGGCGGUGCAGUGGGUGCUCUUGUGCGUUCUCGGCGCGCUGUGUUUUGGGUUCUUUGGCAUGGUUGAGGCUGUCAAGGAGGAUGUUUUCGUUCUUUUCCUCGCCACUGCUUUCGCGUUCGUCUUUGGGUUUCUGAGGUCCAGAGGGGGGAAGGUGUACCAGCUGCCGCUGCUGAUGGAGGUGAACCGUCUGACGGUGCUGGCGGGGAUGCUGUAUUACGUUGUUCGGGCAGCGUCUCCCGAUCCCAGCAUCCCCAUGGAAGCGGCAGCCUCGGAGGAUGCUCCCAUCGAUGAGGCUCUGGAGGACGGCAGCUUUCCCGUGUCCCCGAAUGCAGCGGCAGCAGCGAUACUGCUCAUUGCGUGGCUACUGGGCCUCCGCCGCGGUGGUGGCGCGGGUUACGGCGUAGGGUGA